AUGGCCAACUCGGCCGAAGACCCGGUCAAGCAGCAGCUUGUCGAUAAGCUGCCCAAGCGCUUUAGAGGCAUCAAGUUUGGAAUCCAGUCCAAUCAAGACAUCGCCAACCAGGCCGUCCUCGAGGUCUCUGACCGGCUGCUCUACGACAUUGAAAACAACCGCGCUCCUUAUCGCCAUGGCCCGCUCGAUCCCCGACUGGGUACCUCGAGCAAGUCUGGCAAAUGCGCCACCUGCCUGGAUGCUCUUCAAGACUGCACCGGCCACUUUGGCCAUGUCAGGCUUCCCCUGCCGGCCUUUCACAUCGGCUAUCUCCGAUUCGUCAUGUCCAUUCUGCAGGAAAUCUGCAAGGACUGUGGCCGAGUCCUGCUUGAGGAGCCCGAUCGACGAUCCUUCUUAAAGGAGCUGAGGCGCCCCUUUCUCGACAACCUCCGCCGAACACAGAUAUGUAAGCGCAUCAACGAGCAAUGCCGCAAAACAAAGACCUGCCCCUAUUGCGGCUCCAUCAACGGCCAGAUUCGCAAGGUUGGCGUUCUCAAGCUUGCCCACGACAAGUUUGUUACCUACAACAAGUCUACUGCCAUGAAAAAGGUGCCUCCGGAGAGCAAAAUCAAAUUCGAUGACUCUUUCAACCACGCCAAGCGCGAAAACCCCGAGCUCGAGAAGCAUCUCCGAAAGGCCCUCGAAGAUCUCAAUCCCUUGCGGGUUCUCAACCUCUUCAAGAUGAUCACCCCUACCGACUGCGAGCUACUGGGCCUCGAUCCAGCAGAGGGCCGCCCGGAAAUGUUCAUCUGGCAGUUCGUGCCCGCUCCUCCCAUCUGCAUCAGGCCAUCGGUCGCGCAGGAUAACGCCAGUACCGAGGACGACAUUACCACCAAGCUCGCCGACAUCGUCUGGGUCAGUGGAAUGAUCCGCUCGGCUUUGCAAAAGGGCUCUCCCGUCCAGACCAUCAUGGAGCAGUGGGAAUAUCUCCAAACCCAGAUUGCCAUGUAUGUCAAUAGCGACGUCCCGGGCCUCCAACAGCCCGGGUUCGGUAAGCCAUCUAGAGGCUUCUGCCAGCGGCUUAAGGGCAAGCAAGGUCGCUUCCGAGGCAAUCUCUCAGGCAAGCGAGUCGACUUCUCCGGCCGCACCGUCAUUUCCCCCGACCCCAACCUAGGAAUCGACCAAGUCGCCGUCCCCCAGCUCGUGGCCAAAAACAUGACGUACCCUGAACGGGUCAACCGUCAAAACCUCGAAAAGCUUCGCCAGUGCGUCAGGAACGGCUGCGACGUCUGGCCCGGUGCACAGGCCGUGCUAAAAAGGGAGGACGGCGGCCAUCACAGGUAUAACCUCAAGUUCGGCGACCGGAACUUUGUUGCGCGCGCACUGGCUGUGGGUGACAUUGUUGAGCGGCAUCUCGAAGACGGCGACGUUGUUCUCUUUAACCGUCAGCCUUCCCUCCACAAGCUUAGCAUCAUGAGCCAUCUCGUCAAGGUCCGGCCGUGGAGGACGUUUAGGUUAAACGAAUGUGUGUGCAACCCAUACAAUGCCGACUUUGACGGCGACGAGAUGAACCUCCACGUCCCGCAGACCGAGGAGGCCAGAGCAGAGGCCAUCAACCUCAUGGGCGUCAAGUACAACCUCGCGACUCCCAAGAACGGCGAGCCAAUCAUUGCCGCGACGCAGGACUUCAUUACCGCCGCCUUCCUACUCAGCGGCAAGGACCGCUUCUUUGACCGCAAAACCUUCACCUUCAUUUGCAUGCAUAUGAUGGACGGCAAGACGCCCCUGGACAUGCCGCCGCCGGCCAUCAUCGCCCCGCAGUGCCUAUGGACCGGGAAACAAGUCUUUAGCGUGAUGAUGCGCCCGAACAAGCAGUCGCCCGUUAAGAUUAACCUCGACGCCAAGUGCCGUGCGUACAAGGCACGCCCGGGCCAGUGUCCCGAUAUGGACCCUAAUGAUGGCUGGCUUGUCGUCCGGAACUCGGAGGUCAUGUGCGGCCGCAUGGACAAGUCAACAGUUGGAUCUGGCAAGAAGGACUCUAUCUUCUAUAUCAUCAUGCGUGACUUUGGCCCGGACGAGGCCGUCAUCGCCAUGAACCGGCUGGCCAAGCUGUGCGCUAGACAGCUUGCAAACAGGGGCUUCUCCAUUGGCGUUGGUGACGUUUUCCCCACGGAUUCCCUCAAGGCCGAAAAGGAGAACCUCGUCUCGGUCGCGUACAAACAGUGCGAUGAUCUCAUUGAGACCUUUAAGCAGGGAAAGCUCGACAAGGCCCCAGGCUGCAACAUGGAGGAGACGCUCGAGAACUUGAUAUCCGGUAUCCUGAGCAAGGUUCGACAACAGGCUGGAACAUACUGUAUCGACACCCUCAGCCGCGAAAAUGCCCCCCUGAUCAUGGCCAAGUCUGGGUCAAAGGGCUCAGACAUCAACGUUGCUCAGAUGGUUGCCGUCGUCGGACAGCAGAUUAUCGGCGGGCAACGUGUGCCUGAUGGGUUCCAGGACCGAAGUCUGCCGCACUUCCACAAGAACGCCCGCCAGCCCCCUUCUAAGGGUUUCGUCAAAAAUAGCUUCUAUACUGGUCUUUUGCCGACCGAGUUCCUGUUCCACGCCAUCUCGGGCCGAGAAGGUCUGGUCGAUACGGCCGUCAAGACGGCCGAGACCGGGUACAUGUCACGAAGAUUGAUGAAGUCUCUGGAGGACUUGUCGACACAGUACGACGACACGGUCAGAACUUCCGGCGGCGGUAUCGUGCAGUUCCAGUUCGGUGCAGACAAGCUCGAUCCCGUGGACAUGGAGGGCUCCGCGGAGCCAGUGCAUUUCCAGCGGACGUGGACUCACGCCGAGACUCUCACGUGGGACAAUGAAGAGCCUGCCAUGACGCCGGAUGAGAUUCGAUCGUUUUGCGAAUCCAUGCUUGCGGUUGAGCGCAAGCGAUUCCCGCGCCGGGGUCUGCUCCAUGGCGAGGCUCUGGAAUAUGACGACGGGAGCGACUACGCCAUCGACGAGCACGAAAGCGCGCGGCGAUUCCUCACGACCAUUGAGAGCCACGUCGAGGGCCUGGCGUCGAAGCUUGAGCGUGUGCGGAAGCUGGCCGGCUUCGAGGGCGGCAAGGCGCUCCGGCCAACGGCGCAAGCCCAUGCGGAUCGGACCGCCAAGGUGACGGCCACCACCCUCCGGCUGUUCAUCAAGAUGUGCCUCGAGAAACACAAGAAGGCGCACGUGGAGCCGGGCCACGCCGUCGGGGCUGUCGGAGCCCAGUCCAUCGGCGAGCCGGGCACGCAGAUGACGCUCAAAACGUUCCAUUUUGCCGGUGUGGCCGGCAUGAGCAUCACGCAGGGUGUCCCGCGAAUUAAGGAAAUCAUCAACGCCUCCAAGAAGAUCAGCACGCCCGUCAUCACCUGCCCGCUACUGAACGACGAGCAGAUCGAGGCGGCCAGGGUGGUCAAGGGGCGGAUCGAGAAGACGUACGUGUCGGACGUGCUGCACUUCAUCGAGGACGAGUGGCGGGUCGACGGCGGAACCGUGGUCCUUCAGAUCGACAAGGGCGCCCUCGCGGACAUGCACCUGGGCAUCGGGGUCCGGGACAUCGCCGAGGCGAUAUGCAAGCAGCGCAAGCUGAAGCUGUCGCACGAGGACCUGCAGCUCGAAGAAGAUAGAAUCCUCAUCCGGGUGCGCGACUCGAGCGAGAUGGCGGGCAAGCGGAUGAGCAGGAGCAAGGCGGCGGCCGACGAGGGCGGAGACAUGCUGCUGCGGGCCAACUUUCUGCGGCGCGGGCUGCCCCUGGUGCCCAUCUCGGGGUACCAGGACGCGACGCGAGCCAUCAUCCAGACGUCGGAGCAGAGCACGCAUAAGGUGCUGGUGGAAGGGUACGGGCUGCGCGAGUGCAUGACGACCGAGGGCGUCAUCGGGACCCAGACGCGGUCCAACAACGUCAUGGAGUGCCGCGACAUCCUGGGCAUCGAGGCGGCGCGCACCACCAUCGCCGACGAGAUCGGCGAGGUCAUGGGCGACAUGAACAUCGACCCGCGGCACAUGCAGCUGCUGGCCGACGUCAUGACGUACAAGGGCGAGGUGCUGGGCAUCACGCGCUUCGGCCUGUCCAAGAUGCGCGACAGCGUCCUCCAGCUGGCCUCGUUUGAGAAGACGCCCGACCACCUCUUCGACGCCGCCGCCGGCAUGAAGACGGACCAGAUCGAGGGCGUUAGCGAGUGCAUCAUCAUGGGCCAGACGAUGCGCGUCGGCACCGGCGCCUUCCAGAUCGUCCGCCGCCUCGGCGUCCGCCUCGCCGACUUGGCCUGCAAGAAGACGCUUUUUGAGGACGCGUGGGUGGACGAGGUGGCGCGCAAGAGGAAGGCGAGGCGGAGGGUGUAG